AAAAAAGGAAAAUAGAAAAGUUGUUUGAAGCGCAUGAUGCAAUAAAACAAAACCAUUUUAUUAUAGUUCUUUCUUUAAAAACAUCACAUGGGAAUCUUCAUAAAAAUUCAUUGCACAAUCAUCAUUACCUUCACCAUUACUGUUAUUGUUCUUCAUUAAUCUAAUCUCCUUUUGGGCCUUUUACUAUUCCUACUUAAAUUCUCAACUAUUAACCACCAACCUCCUCCUAAAUCCAAUUUGUUCUUAUUAUCUUUUGUCGUUUAGCAACGAAGAAUAGUGUUCAGGGUUUUGGAAAUUGAAAUUGGAAUUUGCGAGCUUGUAAUUGUUCAUUUUAAGCAUGAUCUUGAGUUUCUGUUGUUUUUUUGUAUUUUUCUUCAAGUUAUUCUAUCAUCACCUGCUUUGAGGGGAAACUCGGGUUUUGAGUUCAUAAAGGGGGAGAACAUGGAUUUGCAUGAAUCUCAUUCUUGGACCCUUGGAGGUCUGAUUGGAGCAUUUAUUGACCUUGUUAUAGCUUACUUCUUGCUAUGUGGGUCAGCUUUUGCUUUCUUUGCCUCCAAAUUCUUCUGGUUUUUUGGACUCUUUAUGCCAUGCCCCUGCAAGGGUAGUUUUGGGUAUAUGAACAGCACUUUCUGUGUUCACAAACUGUUAUUUGAAUGGCCUUCAACAAAGAUAUGCUCAAUUCAAGUGAUGGCAGUGAAUAGGUUCCCUUUUGAUCUUGUUAGGGUGAAGGGGCAUUCAUGUGGCAAUGAUAGGGAUGUUGUUGAGUUGGAGGAUGAGGCUUCUUGUAGUUCGUGUUCGGGGCCUCGUUUGCUUCCUUUGGUUGAGAAUGAAAAUGGUUAUGAUGCUAAGGGGAAGAGGGUUAUGAGCUUGAAAAGAAGAUCCGGAAUUCGGCGUCGUCGGAGGGCUAAUAAUUAUGGUUCUGGGAAGUUGACUUUGGUUAGUUGUUCUGAUAGUAUGCAGUCUAAUGUUGCUUCUACUUCGCUCUUGCCUUGUGACGAUGGGAUUGCAGGAAAAACCAAGGAAAAGAUAAAUCCUGAUCCAAGGAAAGAAGUUGCUGUACUUGAUGUUGAUGAUGUUCAAACUGGCCAUGAUUUGGAUGUAAAGACAUGUGAUAGUUAUGAAUUUAAUGGAUCAAUGGUGGAUAGUCCAGGCCAAGACAAAUGUUCUUCUUUGUUGGAAAAUUACAUCAAUAGCGUGCGAGACGCAGUCCAGGUUCACGGGAAUGGAGAAGAACGGAUCAAGAUUUUGGAAGACGCACUAGAAGAAGAGAAAGCUGCCUAUGCUGCACUCUACCUAGAGCUAGAGAAGGAGAGAGCUGCAGCCGCUACUGCUGCUGAUGAAGCCAUGGCUAUGAUAUCUCGUUUGCAGGAGGAGAAGGCAUCAAUGGAAAUGGAAAUGAGGCAAUAUCAGAGGAUGAUAGAAGAACGAUUCACUUACGAUGAAGAGGAGAUGAUUAUUCUGCAAGAGAUCCUCAUAAGGAGGGAAAGGGAGAAUCACUUUCUGGAAAAGGAGCUCGAAGCUUAUAGGCAGAUGGGUUUGAGAGGAAGUGACAGGUCAAAUAAUGGCAAGCCAAGGGUGUUAUCGGAUGAAUGGGAACAAGCACUUCCUAUUAUGCUCGAAACACAUGAAGAGGUACUGCAGAAUGAAUGCACUAUAUCAGUCAAGAAAGAUGAACCCUCUAAUAUUUCCUCGGAUUACAUGUUAGCUCCAACUUGUAUCAGCAUGGAAGGUGGAGAAAUGCGGGCAAAAGACAUAGAACAUGAUACUGAGCCGGAUGUUCUUGAUGUCCAUGUUGUUGAUGACAACAUAGAACUUAGGGAACAGGAAAAUAAAACAAAUAAUAAUAUAGUGAGUAAGUGUCCUAGGACAGGCAAUGAUUCAGGAAGGGAUUCUUCAUGUUUAAACAACAAUGAAAAGCUGAAGAUUGACACGGAGAUCGAGAAGCUCGGUGAAAGGCUGAAGAUGAUACAGCAUGAGAAAGGAAAAUUGUAUAUCUUUGCAGAGAAUGGAGAAAGUGAAAGGGUUCAGUCGAAUCUUUUAGAGGAGAUAUCAGGCCAGAUUCUACAGACUAAAGAAUUGAGAAACAUUGCUCGUGGAGCUUCCUUGCCUCCUUCAUCUGUUAAGGUGAGCUUGAGGAAAAGACGCUGCCAAAGUGCUUCUUGGGAAUCUAGUGAAAGUUCAUGAGUUUUGUGCCUAUGGCACUCUGGAAAUUGUAAAUGGCAACCAACUUCGGUAGCUACUUUGGUAUUCAGUAUUCAUCACUAGCACCUAGUAUUCCAUGUUGUUAUGUUUUAGGGUGUAAAUAAACUUUAUCAUAGCCCCAAUAAAGCUCAAAAUGUAGUUAAAAUAAGCAGUUUUUAAGCCUUAGUACAAGUCAUUCCCCCACCCUUUGCGUUUGUUGUUUGCCUUGGUGGGAUAUGAUCUGUAAUCAUAUUUUUCUUGUGAUCAUUAGUUUGAUCUUCCGUUCUUUGUUGAUGUAGCUUUUGAGGUAUUAUUAUUAUUAUCAUGUCUAUAAAGCAUAGAGGACAACUUGUGAAUGUAAUUAUUUGUUUUUUCAGUUUCUUAUUGUAUUAAUAUGAUUA